AAUUGCGGAGAAACACUCUUAUGCAUUCCAGCAAAAGCCCCCAGCGCCUAGAGGUCGCAAGUCGCGAUUUGCUACGCUCUCAGGUGAGGUCGAGGCAUCACUCUUGCUCAUAUACCGGGAGCUUGAGUCGGCUACCUCGCUCAAACGGCAACUGGAACAAUUGUAGAAGGAGAAUUCGGGAUAUCUGCAAAUGAUCAAGACCUGCGAUCAGGAUGUGAUGGCUCUGCGCAGAGACAUUGGCAAUCCGCACAUCUCGUAUGAGGAGCUGGAGAGCGUGAAAGCCAAGACUGAUGAACAUCACACGAUAUUGCAAGGGUUGAACGACGUUCGAGCUGAGAAUGUAACUCUCGCAGAGGAUCUAAAUGCCGCAAUGGAGGAGGCGGCAAAGACUAAUACAACUUCAGACGAAUGGAUGGGAAAGAUGGUAAGGCUCAUUCAAGACUAACAUAUCUCUAAG